AUGAAACGCUUUCGACAAAGAGUUACCCGUCUGUUACGCAGCUCUGCCGUGCACCAAGCGAAAGACAACGCCACAGGGUUCUUUCUCGGCCUAUUUCUCGCUUUCGUUUAUGGCAUGACCGCUCUUCUUGUGCAGAAACAUGAUCUCUGGUACUGCUUAAUCAGUACAGUAACCAUAGCGGUUUUCAUCUCGUUCGGUAUGGCCUUCUCCUCUCGUGUCCGCGCAAAUGUUAUGCUCAUGCUACCGAUGCUGUGCUCAAUGCAUGGUAAGAGGUUCCUCCUCUUCCUCGCCUUCACCGCCGUCAUGAAAGGCCCAAUGGGCAACACAUUGGAGAACUUCGACCGUGCCGCGGACAGCGUUGUGUGUGGAACCGAACUAGUGAUGAAUCAGACACAGCAGCUGAUGCGCCGGGCUGCCGCACCUUUGCUGCCCGUGCUGAAGAAGAUCAAAGCCGUUACCAGGAAUGUCUACUCUAUGACAGGGAGGGUGAAGAAGCUUUUCGACGCCUUGUCCGAAUCCGUUCGACAUGUUGCUCGCACACUCAGGAACGUACUCCAUUUUCUGGUCACUAUCGGUGAGGUGUGCAACGAGAAGCUGGGAACACCUCAGAAGAAGUGCCACAAGCUCUUUGACGAAGCCCACAAGGACUGCAUGGAGCAGCUCUCCAUCUUCUCUUUCCUCUGCAACAUCGUGGAGGGCUUCAGGCCUCUUUGUGGCCUCGCCCGUGCUGGACAGUUCUUCUGUAUCAUUCCCACUUAUAUUGUGAGCCACUUGAAGGCAAAGAUAGCUGAUUCAACUCUAGCAGCAUUUGAGCAAAUAAAAAAAGAAUUCGAGUUCAACAUCUCAGCUUCGACGCACUAUGACCUGCAGCUCAACAGCAGCCAAUCGAUUCAGGAGAUGGCUCAGGAUAUGAUGGAGGAAGUGAGUGAAGAUCUGAUCUAUUUCCAGGGACUCACAGGACUGCUGGCUUAUAUGAGCCUGGUCCUACUGCUCUUCAUGUACCUUCAGGCUGUUCUGUACAAAAACAACUACCUUCAGUGUGACACCUUUGACAACAUUUAUAUAACUGACCAGUUUGUGGAGAUGGACCUCAGAUGGUCCAGGCAGAGACAGCCAGCAGUGCUACCACUCAGCCAGAGAGAGGCGCGUACCUACAUCAGACCAAGGUCUUUGUACCUGACUGCUGAGGAGAGACGAACAGUUGCUGCUGGCAUGCUGUCCGUCCUCAAGCACCUGGCUAUGGCCUGUGUUGUCAUUGCACUGGAUGUCAUGGUCUUCUGGGUAUUUGAUGUUGUACACCACCAAGCCCAGGGGGAGAUUGUAGCUAGAGCUCCCAUUAUAUUUGAGAUACAAGUGAAUGGAUCAGGCUACGCCUCGGAUAUCUUCAAGGACAUAGUGGCCUCUUUUGAUGUUUUGCAAAGAGGGAACAUCACUGUUCUUGACAAAAAGUGCCUUAUGGAACCACUGGAACCUGACUACACAGGAUAUCUGGUCAUAGGAUUUCUUUAUGGCCUGGCUACCUUUACGGUCAUUACUGGAGGCUACAUCAAGCGUUUACGCCGGUUUGUUUGUGCCAGUUACCACCCCCAAAGAGAGAGAGAGAGGAUUCUACUACUGCGCCAGCGUAUUCUGUCCCAGCGCAAGUCCUUAGGUAAAGCCCUGCUCAGGUCUGUGGCCAGAGGCAAGGAGGAUGGACAACACAUGAGUUUGCUGCAAACACUGUCCCUGUACCUUCCUGGUGGACCAGCCAUUGCCAGAUUUCUGGGUGUCUUUGAUGUUUCCUGCAUGACCUGUGGAAAGUUGAUGGCUGGGAAGGAUGAUCCCAAUGUGCACGUCUGCAGUACCUCACAGUGCAAAGGAGUCUACUGCAGUCAGUGCUUUAGGCUGAUGAAAAACAUCUGUGCCAUCUGCAUGGGGCCCUUGACAUUCCAGGAAGACUCAGAGGAGGAGCUAGAUUCCAGUGAUGAUGAGAGAGUCAUCUUGUGGACGGCUGCACUGAGCUCACCACACAUCAGUCAGAGGAGGGACAUGAGGAAGGUGAUGAAGCGACGCAUCUCCGUGGCGACCAGGGGGCGAGGAGGGCAACAUUGUAGCCUUCAUAGUAUGAGGCAUGCAUUUCACUCCCAGGACAGAGAACUGUACGAUCCCACUGCUUUAGGGCCAGCUAACCAGGUUUAG